CCACGAGACCCGCUGCCCCAUCCGGCGCCCUCCCUCCCUUGUUUUGUGCUGCGAGAGGGAAGUUGUCAGGCGGUCUUGGCGGGCCGAGGAGGAGUGACCGGAGGGAGCGUUUGAGGAGAAACCCGAUCCUUUCCUUGGGGCUCCCGAAAGCCGCGGAGGCUGCCGUAGUGACACGCAAGAGGAGACGUCUUUAUACUGGGAAGUAAUGGAAGAAGGAGCAAGUCAAAUGCAGCCCUGCAAUGAAAACCAGCUAUCAAACUCUGAAGAUGAAUGCGGGUGGCAAGUUACUGACAUGACUAGACUGCGCCGUUUCUUGUGUUUUGGUUCUGAAGGAGGUGCAUUCUAUGUCAAAGAACAAAAGCUGAGCUUUGAAAGCGUAGAUGCUCUUUUGAGGCUUAUUGAAAGUGGCAAAGGUUAUGAAGCAGUACAAGAAAUAAAGACUUUCAGCCAGGAAGGUAGAGCAGCAAAACAGGAUCCAGUAUUGUUUGCACUUGCCAUUUGUUCACAAUGUUCUGAUGCCAAAACCAAACAAGAAGCUUAUAAGGCUGUCCCUGAAAUUUGUCGUAUACCAACCCACCUCUUCACCUUCAUCCAGUUUAAAAAGGAUCUGAAGGAGGGCAUGAAUUGUGGCAUGUGGGGCCGUGCCCUGAGAAAAGCUGUUUCAGUUUGGUACAAUGGAAAGAAUGACAUGGCUAUUGCUUUAGCGGUGACAGCAUACAAGAAGAAAGAUGGCUGGUGCCAUAAAGAUCUUCUCAGGUUAUCACAUCUAAAGCCUGCAAAUGAAGGCCUGGCCAUUGUCACUAAGUAUGUAAUGAAGGGAUGGAAGGAAGUCCAAGAGACAUAUAAAGAGAGCAGACUUUCUGCUGAGGCUGAAAAAGUGUUGAAGUAUUUGGAAGCAGUGGAGAGGGUAAAGCAUACAACGGAUGAACUGGAAGUGAUUCAUUUGAUAGAAGAGCAUAGUUUAGUUAGAGAACACCUCCUGACAAGUCACUUGAAAUCUAAAGAGGUAUGGAAAGCACUGCUACAGAACAUGCCCGUAACAGCAAUAUUGAAGAACCUGGGAAAAAUGACAGCAAAUUUUGUUCUUGAACCAGGAAGCUCAGAGGUAGCAAUGGUUUGUGAAAAACUAAAAAAUGAAAAACUUCUUAAAAAGGCUCAAAUACACCCAUUCCAUAUUUUGGUUGCAUUAGAAAACUAUAAAGGAGAGCGUGGUUAUCGAGGAAAACUGCGCUGGCAACCAGAGAAGGACAUCUUGGAAGCUCUAAAUACUUCAUUUUACAAGUCCUUCAAGGCAUUAGAACCAAUGGGGAAGCGUAUCUUAGUUGCAGUUGAUGUUAGUGAUUCUAUGUUACAAAAGGUUUUUGGUAGUGUGCUGAAUGCUAGUACCAUUGCUGCAACAAUGUGCAUGGUUGUGGCACGCACUGAAAAAGAUUCCCACAUUGUUGCUUUUUCCCAUGAUAUAGUUCCUUGUCCUGUGACUGAGGAUAUGACUUUACCACAAGUAUUACAGAAAAUGUCAGAGAUUCCAAGGGGCGCCACCAAUUGUUCUUCUCCAUUGCUCUGGGCCCAAAAGACAGGUGUAGAGGUUGAUGUUUUUAUUAUCUUCAUGGAUAGUGAGACCGUUGCUGGAGAUGUUCACCCUGCCACAGCGUUGAGACAGUAUAGAGAGAGAAUGGGUAUUCCAUCCAAGUUAAUCGUUUGUGGAAUGACAUCCAGUGGCUUUACUGUUGCAGACCCAGAUGACAGAGGAAUGCUGGAUAUUUGUGGUUUUGAUACAGGAACACCUGUUGUCAUUCAAAACUUCAUUUUGGAUUUGAUCUAAACCUGUGAGCACUCACUUUUUCUAAAGCUAUUAACUUCCUGAAGAAUUGACUGGGGGAGCUAUCAAUUGCAUUAACAAGACACCAUUAAUUCAAGACUAAGUUUCAUACUCCUGUUGGGAGUAUUAACAUUUUAAAAAAGAUGUAAAAACAGCCAGUGGCAAACUCUUACUUUCUGAACAUGCUGUUUACAUCUGUUGUGCAUAAUUCUAGGUUUCCUAUUGGUUUUUAGAACUAAACAUGGAAUACAGUGAAUGCUUUUAAUUUUUUUAUGUUAGUUUAACUACGGCAAUGUGUUCCAUUACUGAAGAUUUUAUUUUCCUAGAAUGAAUAUAUUGUGUUAAUCAUAGGGAAUCAAAGGAUGAGACAGGGCUUCAUCUUUUUACACUAUUUCAGGUUAACAACUGUUUGAUUGGAAUAAUUUAUUCUAUUAUCUGGGAAAAAUGAGCCACAUAUGCACUAGAGAUUAUAUUACUUCUAUUAUUGCUCAUUACUUCUUAUUACUUUAUGGAACAUUUACCACUGGCAACUUGAUGCUCUCCUUGUUUUUAGCAAAGAUUUUGUAUUAAGCAAUGCUGGGAAAUUUGGAAACAACAAAUUAUUCCCAGGGAUAUUGAUUUGAUGAUUGUACUUUAGCCUUCUAAAUUCUUGUUUUUAAAAAAGGUCUUGCAAAAAACAUCAAUUUUGUGCACGUUAUGGUCUAAUUCAAUGUUUCUCAAAUUUGACAACUUUAAGAUGUGUAGACUUCAAUUAGAAUUCCCCAACCAGCAUAUUGCCAAGUUUGAGAAACACUGAUCUCACUGGACUGUGUUUUAUUUCCUGACAAUGAAUAGUAGAAGGUUUAUCAAGCAAGUAGUUUUUUUUUAUAGAAUCAGAAUAUCAGAAAAUAAAAAAUGUUUUCUGAUGUUCUUUAUAGAAAAUGUGAUUUAUCAUAUCUCUUGAAGUAAGAGAGAAAAAGGCAAAACAUGAUAGCUGAUCUGUCUUUCUGUACAUGUUAACAUUUGCAAAGUAGUCUUUUUGUAUCAGCAUAUCUACUUAAAUGUAGAGUUGCUGUGAGAGCAAGACAGCUGAUUAUAUGCCGUUUUAAUUUAUAUAGACUCUGCACAUGAACAAUUGGUCAAAAAGAGCUUUCUUGCUCAAAUUCUGUGCUGAAUGGGCCUUGCAAGCAGGGCCUAAAAUACUAUUAUUCCUGCCUUACCAUCAGGUUGGUUUGCAUAGGGAUUAUAUGUUCCUAAAGCAUGUAAUUUAAUGACAUUCACCCUUUGUUGACUCCUUUGUGUCCUAAUGCAAGGACCAUCACUGCUGGUAGGCAAAUCAAGAUUAAGGAGGUGGUAAGGAGAUAACCUGUUGCUGAUCUGAACUUGGCAUUCCGGUUGGGCCUGUUGGGAGUUGUGCCAUUCCAGAUGUUGCUGAACUCCAAAUUCUCCAUCUUUGUCCUAGAAAAUAAGUUCAUGUAAACAAUACAGUCUCUUUUAAUUGAACAGAAGAGUUAUAAGUUAGUAAAUUGAUGGGCUGAGCAAGAAAGAAGCAGAUUAUAUAGAAGACUGUUUCACAACUGAUAUUGCUGUUCCUUUUCUUCCCAUGUUACAGUCCCCUAAACCGAACCCCCUAUAAAUCAGGAAACCUUUCUGUGUCAUAUGAGCAUUAGUGUGGAAACAGUUUCCUAUAUUUAAGGCUUCUUAACUCAAUGCAUCAAUAUCCAGCUUGGUACAAAAUUACUCUUCUUGGUUUGGGUAGUUCUCCUUUGCUGCAAUUCUAUGACAUGCAGUAGCAGGAAAAAUCAGGAAAAAAAUUAUGGCAGUGUUUACUGUAAUGCAGGAUUGGCAAACUGAUGAAGACGAAAACUAACCAAAUUCGACUAGCCAAGUCACAAAAGACUUAAUAGCUACAUUUGCAUUUUCAUUGAGCAUAUGGUGCUUGCAGACAAAUUUGUCACAAAGCCAGGCUUAAUAGAGUAUUGUGACCUAUGAACAUAUCAUUUGUCUUUGAAAAAACACCAUCCAUUGACUUAGAAAAUUGAGAAAAACGUUAGUGUUGAAUGGGUAACCUUUCCCCUCUCUAUUCUGUUAAAGUGCACUUCCUGGCCUCCCUCAUUGUUAGUCAGAUUUAUAAUUUAAUAACAUCUGGAAAGAACUAUUUCUCCACCUUUGGGUAAUGUACACGUAUGUACAUUUGUAGUAUCAUACAUUCUGUAACCAAAUCCUCUUCAUGAAUUCAAGUUGAUAACCUUGUAAACAAUUGGUAAUCAAGAUUGUGACAAUUAUCUCCUCCUUACCUAAAGAUUUUCACUGUGUACUUAUGAUAGCUAUUCACAUUUUUUCAUAAUUCCAGACAUAAUGUAUACCAUUUUUAAGAU